CGGCACCGGGGGGAGGGAGGCAGGGAGGGAGGCAGGGAGGGAGGGGAGGCUCCCGGUCCCGGUCCCGGUCCCGGCUCCCGCCCGCGCCUCCCGGGGCCGCCGCGCCGAGGAUGCGGCAGCCGCCGGGCACCGGCACCGGCACCGCGGGGCUGUAGCCGCCCGCCCGCGGCCCCGGACCCCAUGGGAUGUGCCCGCCGUCGCCUGGGUGUGAUUGGGAGUGUUAAUGCAGGCACCUUGGCUCGAGAGUCCAGCACAAGGAAACCCUGCGUGGGAUUUCUCUGGGGGUGUUGUAGGAUUUUGGCAGAGCUGGCCAUGAUGUUACGGUUCGUGGUCGGUGCCCUCUUCCCAGCGCUGCUCCUGGCUGCACCGCCCCCCAUAAACAAGCUCGCCCUCUUCCCAGACAAGAGCGCUUGGUGCGAGGCGAAGAACAUCACCCAGAUCGUGGGGCACAGCGGCUGCGAGUCCAAGUCCAUCCAGAACAGGGCCUGUCUGGGACAGUGUUUCAGCUACAGCGUCCCCAACACCUUCCCACAGUCCACAGAGUCCCUGGUUCACUGCGACUCCUGCAUGCCAGCCCAGUCCAUGUGGGAAAUCGUGACGCUGGACUGUCCAGGCAACGACGAGAUCCCCAGGGUUGACAAGCUGGUGGAGAAGAUACUUCACUGUAGCUGCCAGGCUUGCGGGAAGGAGCCGAGCCACGAGGGAGCCCUGUUCAACGUCUACCUGAACGCGGAGGAGAACAUGCCCGCCGAAGGUCCCAGCCCCCAUCACUACACCCACCACCAACAGGAGGUGGAAGAAUCCCCUGCCUCCAGCCACCACCACCAUGAGGAGGAGGGCGACGAGUGACCUGGCCCUUGCGGACUGUCCUUGCAGCCGGCGGCGCGGGCAGGGGGUGUGUGCGAGGGAAAGGGCCGGGGUUUGGGGAGGGAGGGGGGUGGUGGAGUCUUUCCUGUCUAAUAGGUACCCUCACGCUUUGCUCUCCACGACACCCCGGGGCGGGAGGAACGUUUUGAGGCACAAGCUGAGGGGCAGACGUGGGGCUGGAGCUGCAGGGCAAGAGGGGAGGGCUCGGGGUUUUCUGAUACAAAACUACUUGCACAUAAUAGUAAUAAUAUAUUGAGAGGAGCAGGAACCCGGACGAGAGGGUUUUGGCUGAGAGCGAGAGCUCCCCGGGGGCUCUCUGCAGGCUCCUGGACCUGCUGUGGAGCCUUUGCUGAGUCCUUCUGGGUUUUUCUCUUGUAAACAGCUCGUACCUGGGGUGGAGGCAGAAG